AUUAAUGUAUAUAAACUCUGAGAAUUUAUUACCAAAAUUAUAAGGUGAUGCAUUUGGUAUCGAUAUUGAAUUUAGCAAUUAAAGAAUCUGUCUUAUACAAAUAUCUGAUGGAAAAGAUAUAUAUUUGUUUGAUCCUAUAGUUUUAGAUUUAAGGUAAUAUAUGAUUGAUUUUUUUAAAAAUGAUGCAAUUAAGAUAUUUUAUAGUGGUGCUUAAGAUUUGAAAUGGUUAAAAAAUGAAUAUUAAAUAGUGGUUAAUAACUAUUGUGAUUUAAAAAUUUUAGCUUAAAAAGAAUCAGAUUAAAGUUUAAUAGCAUUAUGGAAAAAGUAUUGUGGAGUAUAAUUUGAGAGAGAAGACAAAAAAAGAUUAUAAAGAAGUGAUUGGUUUAUAAGACCCUUAACUGAAGAAUAAUUAUAUUAUGCUGCUUUGGAUUGCAAAUAUUUAAUUGCAUUAAGAGAAAUCUUAUUAUCGCAAUAUACAGAAGAUGAAAAGAAUUUGAUUCAUUUUUCGACUGAUCUUAAAGAGCCAAAACUAUUAAGAUAUUUAAAAAAAUAACUUGUUGAUAAUGAAGAUGUUCUUUUACCAUAAAAGAUUUAUAGACAUAUUAAAUUUGAAGAUCCAUUUUAAACUGACGAUUAGAAAAUUAUAGGGCUUAUUGAAUAAUUAACUAAGAAACAUCAUGAAGAUUAUAAAGAAUAGAAGCUUAAAAGAUUUUUAUAAUUUUAAGAAAAAUUUACGACUCAUAAACCAGUUUAUAGUAAUUGUCGUAUAUUUAGUUUGAGUGGUUAAUAAUUAUGUUUUUGUGAUUAAAAAAAAAUUUAAUGGUAUGUAAAAAAUGGUUUAGGAGAAUAUAUAGAUGAAAAGAGUGUAAAAUUGAAUUUUGAUCCAGUUUGUGAAUUUGAUGAAAAAGAAAUGAAAUUUUAUAAUGAAGAGAGGUCGAAUAGAUGUGUUAUAUGUGGUGCUUCUUCAAAUAUAUUAAAAUACUAAAUUAUUCCUUAUAUGUAUAAACAUUACUUACCUAAUAAUUACAAAUCUCAUAGAGCUCAUGAUGUUGUUAUAUUAUGUGCUCGUUGUCAUGAAAAAGCUUCAGCUCUCCAAGAUAAAAAAAGAGCUGAAGUUGCUGUUAUAUAUGGAGUACCUUUAUAAUAUUAUGGAGAAGAAAAAUAAGUUGUAGAUAAAUUGACCUAUCUUCUUAAAAAAUAUGAAAGUCUUACUAAAGCAGGAAAACCUUUCGAUAUGAAUUAAUAUGAAUAAAUUAGAAAUUAAUUUAAAGACUUAGUUUAAUUACCUAUAGAAUUUAACAAAUAAGAAUUAACUAAAAUUAAUGAAAAUUUAAAAAAAGAAUUAAAGAAUUCACAUGGAGAAGCUGUUGUUAAGAAAUUGGAUACAGAAGAAAAAAUUGAAGAAUUUAUCAUGAUAUUCAGAAAACAUUUCUUAUCAUCUAUGGACCCAUAAUUUUUACCUAAAGAAUGGGCUAUUGAUCAUAGAUUUAAAAGAAAUUUCGGAGAAAAAUCAGUAUAUUUCUAAAAAUAAGAAUCUAAUGAAUAACAAUAAGAAUUUUAAUCAUAAGAAUAGCAGCUUUAAUAAUAAUGA